CAUCUGACUAACUUUUAAUGUUUCUGGAGGACUUUAGCGUUUCUUGUGUUGUGUUGUAAUAACUGAAUCAGAGAUGUCUGGGACCAGACCACCGCGACAGGAGCUUCCGGACUCAGAUCCAGAGGACUCAGAGGAGCUGACCGGGGUGGUGUGUCUGGAGUCAGACCUGCUGGACGGACAGAUGAUGGAGGUCGAGGUGGGACAUCACAGCGUUCUGUUGACACGCAGUGAGGGUAGAUACAAUGCCAUUGGUAACCAGUGUACACACUAUGGCGCUCCACUCAGCCAAGGGUUUAUUUUGGGCAACAAAGUGCGCUGCCCGUGGCAUGGUGCCUGUUUCAACAUCCACACAGGGGAUCUGGAGGAAUUCCCCGGCAUGGACUGUCUUCCUUGCCACAAGGUCAAAAUACAAAACAGUAAAGUGUACGUCACAGUUAACAAAAAGACUCUCAUGCAGGAGAAGAGAAUUAAGAGUAUGGGAGGUGCAGAGCCUGGAGUUACUCACACUAUUCUGCUGCUGGGAGGAGGAGCUGCAUCACUGAUCUGUGCUGAGACUCUGCGGCAGGAACAUUUUGGUGGCAGAAUCAUCAUGGCCUCUAAAGACGAACUUUUACCCUACGACAAAACACGACUCAGCAAGGUGAUGAACGUGGAGAGCGACAGUAUACUGCUGAGGAGGAUGGAUUUCUUCCACAAGUAUGACAUCGAGGUGUGGCUCAGAAAAGAAGCGCUGUCAGUGGACACGGAUAAGAAGACAGUCACAUUUGAUGACGGUUCAGUCCAGAGCUAUGACCAGCUCCUCAUCUCAACAGGCUGCAGAGCAAAGGGUCUGGACCUGCCGGGGAUGAAGCUGGACAACGUCAAGAUGUUGGAGACACCAGAGGACGCCCGACAAAUCCACUCAGUCUGCCUGGGCUGCAACGUUGUCCUUGUGGGAACCUCUUUUGUCGGCAUGGAAAUUGCAUCUUAUUUGAUAGACAAAGCCUCCAGUAUCACAGUGAUUGGCAGCAGUGAGAUGCCUUACCAGAACACACUGGGCCGGGAAAUUGGAAAAGUCACUAUGAUGAUGCUGUCAGAGAAAAAUGUGAGAUUCUACAUGAAUGAUAAUGUGACAGAAGUCAUUGGUGCUGAUGGCAAGGUGAAGGAGGUUGUGCUUAAAAGUGGAAAAGUUAUCCCGGCCGACGUUUUGAUAGUUGGCAUUGGUAUCAAACCGAACUCAGAGUUCUUGCGUGGGAGCAAAAUACAGAUGGACUCGAAAAACUUUGUAAAAGUCGACAAGUACAUGUGCACUAACGUCCCCGGUGUGUUCUGUGGGGGUGACCUGGCCACCUUCCCCCUGAAGAUGGCUAAACACCAGCUGGUCAACAUCGGACACUGGCAGAUGGCACAAGCACACGGGAGAAUAGCAGCUCUGAACAUGAUGGAUAAACAGACUGAACUCAGCUCAGUUCCUUUCUACUGGACCGUCCUACUUGGUAAAACCAUCCGAUAUGCAGGCUAUGGGGAGGGAUACACUGAGAUUGUAAUGAAAGGAAAGUUUGAGGACAGGAAGUUUCUGGCAUUGUAUAUCAAAGAUGAUGAGGUCAUAGCAGCAGCGAGCCUAAACUACGACCCUGCUGUGUCUGCAGUAGCUGAGAGGCUGGUAACAGGGAAAGUCAUCUCAAAGAAAGAGGCUGAAUCAGAUGACCUGAGCUGGUUGCAGUUGUCCUGAUUUACACUUUGCUCCAUUCAUCCUCUCAUCACCAGUACCAUGUCAAUGUGCAGUCAGAGUGUUGUUCAUCCGUCUCUUCACCACCUGCGCUCUCACCAACGAAAAAGAGUCCGAAGAGCUUGAUUAAAACUCUCAUUUUCGAAGAGACGGACAUCCCUCAUGGCAGGGUGUAAAAUAACACAAUUUAUAUUUACAGUGUUGACAUACUGGAUUUAUACUGUACGUCAUGGAGUCAGUGUUCAUGUCAGGGGAUCCACCAUGCAAACAACAGAUACCUCACUUGGAUGCAGCUUUUGCAACUUAUUUUUUAAUAUAUUCCUUUUUUAUUAUUUUAUUAGAUUUUAUAACAUUUUUAUGGCUUCGUGUCUCCGGGGAAAUUUCAGCACCAGUCCAGAGACAUCGCACUAAAGAUGCCUCAGUUUGUUCACUGCUCUUUUUUGAAGGCGGUGUGUGCUGCCUUAGACGAGUCUGCUGGAAAAAAAAAACACAAGUGACCUUAAUGCCCACUGCAGUUGUGUAUGUGGUCGGGUCGGAGAGGGGAUUAGGAGAACAGAGGGGGAGUGGUCUGCUCUUUGAAGCAGAGAUGCUGAAAUAGGCAAUGAUAACAAAACACACAAACGGGGAACAAUAAGCCUUCGACAAACAGCACACACAGGCAGAUGGACAAAAGAAAUGCUGUGUUUUUCUCACGUCCCCCCAUUGUCUCUCUGCUACUAUCCCUGUCUCACUGUCUUUAAUUCACUCCUCUCUUUCCACCUCCACAUUCACUCUUUGAUUCACCCUCAGUGCUCUUCCUCAUUUGGCUGUACCCAGGGUUCAACUGGUGCACACUCUCAAGGCCAGUACUAGUUAUAAAGUUUUAGCUUCUGAGGUUGCUACUAGUUAGUAUAUUGUUAAGAUUUUAUAUGUAAAAGAUUUUAAACUUUUCUGCCAAACAUGACACAAUGUCUUUUAUUUUCAAUCAUGAUCAGUAUUUCAACCAUAGACUGUAAAUAAUAUUUGAACUUGAAAUGCAUGGUCUUUCUAGAUAUGUCACACAUGGAUCAAAUCUUCUUUGAUGGUACACGUGAUUUUUUUAUUACACACGCAACUAAUAUUGUAAUUAGGGCUGUCGAACACAUUUUUUUUAAAUUGUGAUUAAUUGCUGAAUCAUGACUAAUUGCAUUUUUAUCCGCAUGUUUAAAAUUCCGUUAUUUCGCAUUUAAAAAUCAAAAAUGGUUGGCUUUUGUUUCAUAUUUUUGUACAGUCUUAAACUGAGAGUACUUUAGUUGCUGUUUGAAUUAAAACUUGCUUUUAUUUUAAAAAGGAAAGGACCUUCCAGUAGAUCCAUGGUUACAACAUUUAUUUUAUCAUUAAAAAAGUAAACACAGCGAAA